CCUCUGCCACCGCCGUUGCUGUCGCCUUGCCACAGCAUCACCGUCGACUUGCAUAUCGCUAGGGCGUACUGACCGCACUAGAAAGCCCCAGCACCGCUCUCUGCGACCGCUGCUCAGAUAUACAUUUCCCGCCUGGCGCCCUGCCCGCUUCUGCCUCACCGGUUCUCCCGCGCCUCACUUUUUCUUGGGUUCGACUUCAAGGUCCCGGCCUCUCCUCACGCCGUCCGCAACACUACCCGUCUGUCUACCACUUGGUUGAAGAAGGUCCAACUGUCCAAGAUGACUGAGGUUUCGUCCACUCGACUCUACCUGGGGAAUUUGCCUCGCAAUGCCACCAAGGCCGAAGUUGAGGCUCACUUCCAGACCCACGGAACCGGCGAAAUCACCGAGAUCAAGCUGAUGAAUGGCUUCGGAUUCAUCGAGUACAAAGAUGCCAUGGAUGCGCGCGAUGUUGUUCCAGCCUUCCAUGGCUCCGACUUCAUGGGCGAACGCCUGAUCGUACAGUUCGCACGUGGCUCCCGUCGCACUGAGAACUUUGCCCACCAGGAGCGUGCGGCCCCUCGUCCUCGACGCACUCCGUACCGGAUGCGAAUCUCUCAGCUUCCGGUUGAGACCAGCUGGCAGGAUCUCAAAGAUUUCGCCCGUCAGUCUGGCCUCGAUGUUGUCUACUCCGAAGUAGGCCGUGAUCGCGAUGGCACUGGGUUCGUCGAGUAUGAGACCGCAGCAGAUCUCAAGAAUGCAGUGGAGAAGUUGGACAAUCGUGAGUUCAAGGGUCAACAGGUCCGAUGCAUUCAGGAUGUCAGCUCGCCCCCACCACAGCCACCGUUCAAGAUGCGACAGCCAUACCCCCCGCAGGGAAUGGACGACCGUGGUCCUCGAGACCGAUUCCGCUCCCGUUCACCUCCCCCGGGUGGUCGACGCGGAUACCCGCCAGCUGGUGACGACUACUACCAUGAUCGUCGUGGCCCCCCUCGUGGCUAUAGUCCCCGUCGCGACGACUAUCGUCGCCGUUCGCCACCACCGCGCGAUUACUACGAUUCUCGCGAUCGUUAUGCCCGUGCUUCGCCCCGUCCUCGUGGCCCAGUCGAUGAACCGUACGAUGGCCGUCCUCCCUCCCCGCGAGGCCGCCCUAGGAGCCCAGCCCGCGCUGGCUACGACGACAACUACGUUCCUCGUCCUCGUUACUGAUCUACUCCGCUCGACCCUCGUCCUCUCCGCCAAUACUCAGCUUAGCUGCUCGAUCCACAGAACUCAGCGAGACUCGAGAGACGACGGACAGUGAGAUGGAAGUUAGUUUAAUUUGGCGAGGUGGUAUCGGUUGUUGGUCUCCAACUCUCUUUCUUUCCUUUU